AUGGUCGCAAGGCAACAGAUGCGGAUAAUCCUGAAGGCGUUUGACCACAAGAUGCUGGACCAGUCCAGCACCCAGAUUGUGGAAACCGCCGAAUUGACCGGCGCCCGAGUGGCGGGCCCGGUGCCACUGCCGACGCAGAUACGACGGUUCUGCGUGAUCAGAGGGCCCCACGUUGACAAGGAUUCUCGCGAGCACUUCGAGAUCCGGACGCACAAGCGGCUCCUGGACAUCAUGGAACCCACCAGCAAGACCAUCGACGCGCUGACCCGGCUGAACAUGCCGGCCGGAGUGGACAUUUCAAUCAAGCUCUAG